AUGGCUCAGCAGAAGGUGGUUCUCAAGGUCAUGACUAUGACUGAUGACAAAACAAAGCAGAAAGCCAUUGAAGCUGCCGCUGAUAUAUUUGGGAUUGAUUCAAUAGCAGCAGAUCUAAAGGACCAAAAGCUAACAGUGGUAGGGAUGAUGGAUCCAGUGGCACUGGUGAAGAAGUUAAAGAAGGUAGGGAAAGUGGACAUAAUAUCAGUUGGCCCAGCCAAGGAAGAGAAAAAAGAAGAAAAGAAAGAGGAGAAAAAAGAGGAAAAGAAAGAAGAGAAAAAGGAGGAGAAGAAGGAGGAGAAAAAAUGA